AUGGACAACAGUGACAACAGCACCAGGGACAGAAGUAACAUCAGCACCAGGGACAUUAGCAACAACAGCUCCAGGGACAGCAGUAACAACAGCACCAGGGACAGCAGCUACAGCAGCACCAGGGACAACAGUAACGACACAAGCAAGGACAGCAGUUACUGCAGCACCAUGGACAACUGUUACAACAGCAUCAGGGACAGCUGUUACAACAGCACCAGGGACAGCAGUUACAACAACACCAGGAACAGCAGUUACAACAGCACCAGGGACAGCAGUUACAACAGCACCAGGAACAGAAGUUACAGCAGUACAAGAGACAACAGUUACCACAGCACCAGGGACAGCCAUUACAACAGCACCAGGAACAGCGGCUACAACAGCAGCAGGGACAACAGUAACAAAAGCACCAGGGACAGCAUUUACAACAGCAGGAGGGACAGCAGUUACAACAGCACAAGGGACAACAGUUACCAGAGCACCAGGGACAGCAGUUACAACACCACCACGGACAGCAGCUACAGUAGCACCAGGGACAACAGUUACAACAGCACCAGGGACAGCAGCAACAGCAGCACCAGGGACAGCAGUUACAACAGCACAAGGGACAGUUGUUACAACAGCACCGGGGACAGCAGUUACAAAAGCACCAGGGACAGCAGUUACAACAGCACCAGGGACAGGAAUUACAACAGCACCAGGGACAACAGUUUCAAUAGCACCAGGGACAACAGUAACAGCAGCACCAGGGACAGGAGUUACAACAGCAACAGGGACAGGAAUAACAACAGUUACAGCAGCACCAGGGACAACAGUGACAACAGUACCAGGGACAGUAGUAACAUCAGCACCAGGGACAUUCGCAACAACAGCUCCAGGGACAGCAGUAACAACAGCACCAGGGACAGCAGCUACAGCAGCACCAGGGACAACAGUUACAGCAAUACCAGGGGCAUCAAUUACAGCAGCACCAUGGACAACAGUGACAACAGCACCAGGGACAACAGUGACAACAGCACCAGGGACAGAAGUAACAUCAGCACCAGGGACAUUAGCAACAACAGCUCCAGGGACAGCAGUAACAACAGCACCAGGGACAGCAGCUACAGCAGCACCAGGGACAACAGUAACGACACAACCAGGGACAGCAGUUACUGCAGCACCAGGAACAACUGUUACAACAGCAUCAGGGACAGCUGUUACAACAGCACCAGAGACAGGAAUUUCAAUAUUACCAGGAACAGCAGUUACAACAGCACCAGGGACAGUAGUUACAACAGCACCAGGGAUAGUAGUUGCAACACCAUCAGGGACAACAGUUACAACAGCACCAUGGACAGGAGGACAGUAGUUACAGCAUCAACAGGAAAAACAGUAACAACAGCACCAGGGACAUUAGUUACAACUGCACCAGGGACAGCAGUCACAACAGCACCAGGGACAGCAGUUACAACAGCACAAGGGACAGCAUUUACUGCAGCACCAGGGACAACUGUUACAACAACAUCAGGGACAAUAGUCACAACAGCACCAGGGACAGCAGUUACAACAACACAGGGGACAAAAGUAACAACAGCACCAGGGACAGGAGUAACUGCAGCACCAGGGACAGGUAUUACAACACCACCAGGGACAGGAGUUACAACAGCACCAGGGACAGCAGUCACAACAACACCAGGGACAGCAGUUACAACAGCACUAGGGACAGCAGUUACAACAGCACCAGGGACAGGAAUUACAACAGCACCAGGGACAACAGUUUCAAUAGCACCAGGGACAACAGUAACAGCAGCACCAGGGACAGGAGUUACAACAGCAACAGGGACAGGAAUAACAACAGUUACAGCAGCACCAGGGACAACAGUGACAACAGUACCAGGGACAUUAGCAACAACAGCUCCAGGGACAGCAGUAACAACAGCACCAGGGACAGCAGCUACAGCAGCACCAGGGACAACAGUUACAGCAAUACCAGGGACAUCAAUUACAGCAGCACCAUGGACAACAGUGACAACAGCACCAGGGACAGAAGUAACAUCAGCACCAGGGACAUUAACAACAACAGCUCCAGGGACAGCAGUAACAACAGCACCAGGGACAGCAGCUACAGCAGCACCAGGGACAACACACCAGGGACAGCAGUUACAACAACACCAGGAACAGCAGUUACAACAGCACCAGGGACAGCAGUUACAACAGCACCAGGAACAGAAGUUACAGCAGUACAAGAGACAACAGUUACCACAGCACCAGGGACAGCCAUUACAACAGCACCAGGAACAGCGGCUACAACAGCAGCAGGGACAACAGUAA